AUGUCCACCCAAGUCCUCCCCGAGUUGUCUCAAAACACCCGUAUCCUGACCACAUCCGCGAAAGAAACCCGUCGUGCGUUCGUUGACAAUCAAGCGAAAGUCCGUCGCAUUGAUAAUGCCGCACAAACUGCUUUUCUGGAGAGGUGGAAAGGGAUCUACAACUCUAAAGUCUCACAUAUAUCAAAGGACUAUCAGAGGCUCGUCGGAACGUCUGAGACAGGCGCAACCGAAUUGGCUGCCACCAUAAGACAUUAUGUAACUGUACAGAGCAAGAGCCCCACCAUCAAUGACGACCUUAUACAGGAACUCGGCACACUCAAUAAGAGACUGCCCUCCCUAGAUUUGGACCAGACUACGAGUUUCACAGCGCUUCAAGCGAGCCUCACUACUCUCGGUGAGGACAUCGCUACCGCCAUGGAUUCUGGAGAUAGCGAGAAUCAGUCUAGGCUGAGUGCAGUACAUUCGGAGGUCAUGACCCUGCAACGGCAGCUGCAAGACUUACAGAAGUCGAGAAGAGAUCAAGAAGAGCGAAAGAGGAAGACCACUACCUUUACGAGUCUCUUCACACGCUACCUGUCAGAACCUGGACAGAAUACGCAGCAAGAUAGAGGUAUUCUCGCUGCAUCCGAGGCAGCAAUCAGGUUUAGAGCAGGGGGGAUAAACAACCAGGAGAGACAGCUCCAAAGCGAGCUCGAGGUCGCUCGAGCAAGGCUCAAUCAAUCUGGACCUGCUGUUGACGAUCGGACCCGCGAAGCAGCGGAGACCGCUUUGGCCGCUGUGCGUGGUAUCCAGUCGAAUCUAAAAACCAUGAGAGAACACCUCAGAAGCAUGUUCUCCGAAACGGUCGCAAAGCUCUCCACCGAAUUGCAGAAUCACCUCUCUGCACUACAGAACUACAAAGCCAACCCAUCCCAAACCCUGAGAACGUUCCCUACUAGGAGAAUCAGCUGGCUCUCCGCAAUGCCGAACAACGAUUCACAUCAUCCACUAUGA